GCGGCGGGAGCGGGAGCGGGGCCGUGCGGAGCCGGGAGCUGCGGAGCGCGGGGCGGGCACGGCCGGGAGCAGCGGGACUCGGCGCGGGCAGCGAUGCGGCUCCACCGCCGCCCGGGCUCGCCGCCUUCGCCUCCCGCCGGGCGCCGGUGACCGUCACAGCAUCCCCGCCCCGGCGGAAUGAGCCCCGCCGCGCCGCCCCGCCAGCGCCGCGAUCCGGUUGUGUUUCUCUGUUGAUUUUUGUGCCUUUGAAAGCACCUAAACAUAAAUAUACRGGAGAGAGAAUGAAACCAGUUGUCAUUAUCAACAUAAGUUAGAGUGGAGAARAAAUAGCUGAGGACAGCAAUAGGAGAAUUACUGAAGUUUGGAUUGCUGUCUUGAUACUAUAAACCUGCAAUAAGUGGCAAUGUCAAGGGUUCCCACCCCACCUCCUCCUGGGGAGAUGUCCAGUGGACCUGUGGCUGAAAGCUGGUGUUACACACAGGUUAAAGUAGUAAAAUUUUCAUAYAUGUGGACCAUUAAUAACUUCAGUUUUUGCCGAGAAGAAAUGGGUGAAGUUUUAAAGAGUUCUACAUUUUCAUCAGGGCCAAAUGACAAAAUGAAGUGGUGCCUGAGAGUGAAUCCAAAGGGAUUAGAUGAUGAAAGCAAAGACUACUUGUCAUUGUAUUUGCUUUUAGUCAGUUGUCCAAAAAGUGAAGUCAGAGCAAAAUUUAAAUUUUCCCUGCUGAAUGCUAAAAGAGAAGAAACAAAAGCAAUGGAAAGCCAAAGAGCAUAUCGAUUUGUGCAAGGCAAGGACUGGGGRUUUAAGAAAUUUAUCCGAAGAGAUUUUUUACUAGAUGAAGCUAAUGGUCUUCUACCAGAUGACAAGCUUACAUUAUUUUGUGAGGUAAGCGUGGUCCAAGACUCAGUAAAUAUAUCAGGACAGUCUAAUACAAACACUUUGAAGGUACCUGAAUGUCGACUAGCAGAAGAUUUAGGGAAUCUCUGGGAAACAACAAGAUUUACUGAUUGCAGUUUUUAUGUAGGAGGACAAGAAUUCAAAGCUCAUAAAUCUGUCCUUGCAGCACGAUCUCCAGUUUUUAAUGCAAUGUUUGAACAUGAAAUGGAGGAAAGCAAAAAGAAUCGUGUAGAAAUAAAUGAUGUAGACCCUGAAGUUUUUAAAGAAAUGAUGAGAUUCAUUUACACAGGAAAAGCACCAAACCUUGAAAAAAUGGCUGACAAUUUGUUGGCAGCUGCAGACAAAUAUGCACUGGAACGGCUGAAGGUGAUGUGUGAGGAAGCACUCUGUAGUAACCUCUCGGUAGAAAAUGUUGCUGACAUUCUUAUCCUCGCAGAUUUGCACAGCGCUGAACAGCUCAAAGCACAAGCAAUAGACUUUAUUAACAGGUGCAGUGUUCUUAGACAACUUGGGUGUAAAGAUGGGAAAAACUGGAAUAGCAACCAAGCAACAGACAUAAUGGAAACAGCAGGCUGGAAGUCCAUGAUCCACUCCCACCCUCACUUAGUAGCCGAGGCCUUUCGCGCUCUGGCRUCUGCACAGUGUCCACAGUUUGGCAUUCCACGCAAACGGCUAAAACAGUCCUGAAAUCUUCCAUGAACUCUAGAGAAAUUGGACUGACUCCACUCCUYCUUGUCCAGAGGUGUUCUCACAAACCAUAACAAGAGUUUUUGUUAUCCUUGUCCACAGAACAGAAGCUGAAAAAGCCUAUUGUUUGCUUUUCAGAUGGAUAAUUUAUGGUUUAAUCCUCAGCUUUAAAUUAGACUGAAUACUCUAAUUCACUGAAAGGCCUUAAAUUAUCUUCAAUGACUCUCUAGUCCAUAUAGUCUAAUGUAUCUUGAUUUUUUUAUUAUUAUUUUUUAAUGUGCCUUGUCUUUUUGACUAGGCUCUGCAGGAUUGCACUAGCUCCAUAAUGCAGUAAAGUUGAUAACUGAAGAUUAAUUUUUGAAAGGGAUCUUCCAUUAUUUUCAGAAGAGAAAAAAAAAAAAAAAGAUUAUAGUUUGGUCCUGUGCUAACUGGAAGGUUUUGACUGGCCUCUCAUUAAAAGCACUUGAACCAGAGGCACAUCAUGUACCYUAGGCAAGUGCUAAAUAUAGGGAGAGCCUGUUCACCUUCAGCGAAUGCCUACAGRCUAUUUAUGGCAAUAUACUGCUUUGAACAUAAUUUAUUUUUCAUUGUGGGGGCAAAUAUGCAAUGGUUUGRCCCAAAAAUGUAUUUUCAUUACAGUUUGUAAUGCUUAUUAUGUGUGUGUCAAAGCUGUCCAGGCGGUGAAAGGAAACACAGAAUAAACCUCUUGCUUGUGUUUCUCUACGGUCCAUCAUUAGUUUACAUUUAAUGCAGAACUGAACGAGAGGUGAAAGAGUUCAAUGUGAAAAGGAAUAGCAUUGUACAUGGAAUAAAUAAAUCCCAACGUAUGGUUGCAUAGAAAAGUCAAGGAUGCAUAGAAUGACCAAAUGUAAAUUGAGGAAAUGGGCCAAAUGGAUUCUGAAUAUGCACUUUUAAUGUGUAACUUUUGUAUGUUGUGUGGUACAUAUAUAUUUUGCUUUUGAUGAAUUAAUGAGGUACAGGUAAUUGUGGCUUAACUUUUUAGAUACAUUUUAAGAUGCCCACAGCCACAUGGGAUUUAGUUUUGUUAGAAAAGAAAGGCAUGUCUUUUUAAGACUCAAUUGAAGGUGGCUAUUGCGAGCUUUCAUAUUUAAGUAACAGAAUAUUUUCGCUUAUUUGAAAAAGGCAUGUGAAUGGUAAAAACUUYGAAGGGAUUUUUCCCAUCUUGACGUACGUGCACGGCUUCCACGAACACCUGGGGGAGGCUGUGCACACAUCGAGGAGUAUUUCCCUGAAAUGUCAGAUGGUAUUUGCAAGCAGAGACUUGCUCAGUCUUGCAUUUCAGUUAUUGUACUAGCAUUGUGGAUGGUAUUGAAAUUCUGCAUAAUGUGAAAAGGAUGAAACAUUUGUAAACUGCUUGUCACGGGCCAGUUCUUUAUUAUAUGAACCUUAGCUUUAAUAUCAACAUCCUCAGUGUUUGAUAGCUUUGUUUACAAUUGGGAGGAAAAGUCUGCAGUGGUGCACACUCUAAAUGUUCCCUGAGUUAUUGCAUUGAGUUUACUGUAAUAGUGAUAAUAUGCUGUAUUUCUUUUUUUGGGGGAAGGCUUGGGUUUUGCAGUGGGGAAUGGGAGGAGAUCUCACCUAAUUUAUAAACCUCUUUGCAUAAGGGUUUGAGUUUGCCUAUUAGAAAAAGUCAUGCAGGGAGRAGAGAGGAGGAAUUUCAGGUUGUUUCUCCAUCCUCAUUUCACYGAGAUUCAUCUGACUUCCUCUGAAUUAAUUUUUUAGAGGAAAAAAAAUACCAUUUUAUACUUUGGCAUCUAGUAAACCACUUACAAAGGURAAUUGGAAAAUAAUGCCCAGUUCAAUUUUGAAGAUUAAAACCUCUAAAACAUUCAUUUUCUUCUUUCCCUCUAACUAAAUCUUUAUGAUGGCUAAAGUGUAAAAUCAGAAAUUUUAAUAAUACACGAGGCAUCAAAUCAUAUAUUUACAGAGAUUUAUCAAUUUUUAAAUAUUUGYCUAAGAUAAGAUCUCAAGCAUUCUCCACAAUAGGAGGUGAAAGUGUUUUUUUCCAAAAUCAUUAUGUUUUUGCUGCACUGUGUAAUGUGUUGGGACUACAGCUCCUCAUCCUCAUCACUGUAAARGUCGCAGCUCUCACGUGCAAAGUGACUUGAAUAUUUAAUGCUGUAAUGUUUGCCAGGUCAGCCUGUUCUAAAGUAACAACAUGCAGUAAUCAGAAGGAAAGCUUAAGGAUUUCUAGAAUUUUUUUUCUAAAAAGCCUAAUAGCACACCUUGUACCAAAAAAAAGUCAGACACUGUGCUGUGAUAUCAUCUGCAUCACARAGUGUCCCCUCCUGGAGCCAGGCAGUGUGAAUCACAUGUUAAACUAACAGGAAAGAGCCCUCUGCUGAUCGAUCUGUUCAGAUUGGACUUUAUUUAUUUAUGUUUUCAAGUUCUGUCAGAUCUUGAGAAAAAGGUAAAGCAGUUGCUGUAUUCUUAAGUGAGUGCACUAAUUAUUCACCUCUUUAAUUACCUACAUGCAGUGUUCUCACUGGAACGGGACAGCUGGUAAUUACAACCUUCCCCUUCGGAUUCAGUAGCUCACUUUCAUUCCCCACAUGUCAAGAACUUGCCCUUCAAARCCUCAGUUGGAAGUGCAGCAGAUGGAGAGCGAUCCAAUAAUCAAUGGUCAGGUUUUUCCAGGCUGAAAUCUUGGGGGUUUUUGCUCGUUUUYCCCUCCAGGUUAGGAUUAUGCCGUAUGAAGGUGCCAUGUUUUGGCUUGCCAACACURCUCUCUCAGAUAGAUGUGAACCACCACUUCCAUGCUUUUCUGGGGAGAACCCUGCAUGUGUCCUGUGUGUGCGUGCGUGUGUGUGUGUGUGUGUGACUGUGUGGUGUUUUUUGUCCAGGGUGACUUUCUAAAAAUAAGGACUCAAUUUGCUGUUAAAAUGCUGUUAUGUAUUAUAUAUAUAAUUUUUUUUUUCUCCAUUCAGACCUCUCCUAAGGAGAUGCUUUGGGUGGAAGUUGCUUCAAUAAAUWAUCCUUAUUUCCUAGUCCAUUUACUGCAUGCAGAAGUAUGAACACAUUGUGCCUUUUUAGGAAACUGUUGCAAUGAAGGGGAGAUUUUAACAGGGUGCAAGGUCUUUGUAAAACGUAUUUUUAAAGGUGAAGAAGAGUGCUCCUUGGUACACARUUGGGAUGGAAAAGUUACAAGUUGCAUUUGAUCUCUGUUGCAUGUUGAUUCUUGCUUCCUAAAUUSAAUUUCACCGAGGUACAAACUACACAAACAAGUGAAAUAAGUAUUACAGAUACAAGUUGAGUAAUGGUAUAUUUUUGUGAAAUUGUGAUAAUACUUGCUGUUACAAGCUAAGUGUAUGUCAAAAUGUGAUAAUCAUGGACACAAAGUUACUCUAGUUCUGAUGUUUUUCUAAACAUUGAGUAUUUAGUAUAAAAAUCACCUUGCACAGGAGAUCAGUAGAAGACCUAYAUGGAGAUUAUGUUCCUUUUAAAUCCUCACAGCAAGGCUUCUCCCUUGGGAGAAUAAAAGCCACGUGCAGUAUUUGAAACUGUGUUUCAUAGAAGGCAUUGAAUUGCAGAUGUGAGGUACUGCUACCUGAAAUGUUGUCGAAUUUUGUUAAGUUUUAAAGUUGGUUAAAAUUCCUAACCUUAAUUGUUUUUUUGGUUUUUAUUUUUUUUUGUAAUUGACAAAUGGAAUGUUACCUUCCUCUUUGUCUGGUGUCAAUAGUGUAUUUAGUGCAGAGCUUAGCUCCUUAGCCAGCCAAGACACCGAGUCUCAUAACUUGGCUUCUGCUUACAGUAAAUGGACUAUGUUUGUAAAGGGAAUUCACUAUUUCAAGUGUUUUGCAAGGAACUUCACUGUAUUUGUAAMAUGGUUUUUGAAGGCUUAAGAUCAAUGAGUCCUAUUUUAGAAGUUAAACCAGUGAAAUGACUUGGACCUGUUUUGGGGUGGAAAUGAUAGAGAAUUCAGAUAUGUAAACAGUUGUAUCAAACCAUCCAGCCUUUUUUUAUCAGCUGAUGUUAAUGGUGAAAUACUUUUUGUACCUUGUUGCUGAAAAUAUUUUUGCGUUUCAGCACAUCAAGUUACAAUAAAGUUGUUACUUAUACAGAA